AUGGCUGCUAACCACCCAAUCCACAUUCAUCCUGCGCGACCUCUUUACCGCUUUACUGCAACUGCUCUAGGAGCUAGCAUGUGGUUCUUUCUAAUGUAUCGAGCUAAGAAGGAUGGCCCUGCUUUGUUGGGUUGGAAGCAUCCUUGGGACCAUUGA